UGAAAAUUGUGAAUCUAUCCUUUAAGUAAUUAUAUAAGCUUAGGUAGUUGCAACCCAUCUCUCACCACUUAUAUUUAAAUAUAAAAUGUUAUCAAGUCAUGUUGUAUGGAUAUGUGCAGUAUAUUGCUGGUGUCAUGUUGUAUGGGACAAGACAUGACUUCAUAUUGUGUCUACUCUCUCCUACUCUCCUCCAGUCUAUGAAUUAUCAUCAUUAUCCUACAUCACCUGAAUGGGAGACCACCUCCUCUUCCACCUCCUAUUCCUCCUCCUCUUCCUCCUCCCAGGACAUCCUAGACGUGCUCUCCUCCCCCUCCUCUGACUAUUUCGUCCAGUCUUUUCUUGGGGAGGGCUGUUUUGGGAAAGUCACCAAGUGUCUGAAGACAGCCACCAUGGAAACCGUGGCUGUGAAGAUGGUCAAGGACUGCAACUUCACGGAUCAGGCGAAGAAUGAGGUGGAAAUCCUUGAACAACUGAGGGCUUUCGACUCCGACAAAUUCAACUUUGUCAGAUACAACGACGCCUUUAUCGAAAGAGAAAGCGUUUGUCUGGAGUUCGAAAUGCUGGACAUAAGUCUGCUGGAUUUCGUGGAGAAGAGACCUUCCUGUUCUCUCCUCGUUAAGGAAAUCCGCCCAAUUCUGCAACAGGUGGCCACAGCCCUGCAACUCCUGAGGAGCCUAGGAGUUGCACAUACUGAUAUCAAGCCCGACAACAUCAUGAUGGUGGACCAUAUAAACCAGCCACUCAGGGUGAAGAUAAUCGACUUUGGCUUGGCUCGCCGAGUCUCACAGACAGACUGGGCCAUGGACAUUCAGCCACUAAAUUACAGAGCCCCAGAGAUCAUCCUGGGCUUUCCCUACACAGCGGCCAUUGACAUGUGGUCUCUCGGCUGCAUGGCUGCAGAGCUGUUCCUGGGCGAUUUGCUGUACCCUGGUAACUGUGAAUAUGACAUGUUAAGACAUAUUAUACAGACUCAGGGUCAGCUACCACAGAAGCUUCUCAAUAACGGAGUCAAAACCAGGUGCUUUUUCCGGCAGAAGAGUGACCGUCAGUGGAGAUUAAAGACGCCCUUUGAAUAUGGAAUCGUCAGCUGGACCCAGACGUAUUUCACCUCCCUGGAUGAUAUUAAGACGGUUACCCCGGUAUGUCAUCUGUCAGACGAGGACAUCAUGGCUGAAAUCGACGACCGGGAGAAUUUCGUGGAUUUGCUGAAGCAGAUGCUGGAGUUUGACGUUGCUAAACGGAUAACACCCAGCCAGCUUCUUGACGAUCCGUUCAUCACCAUGAGGGACAUUGCAGCCAGAUACCCCGACAGCCUCUAUCUUCAAUCAUGCAGUGAAAUGAUGGACGUCUGUCGGCAUCAGAGUCUGAGCUCUGAUAGCUCAGGCUCUGAAGUUCAGUCCAUCCAGCAGCCAUGCCCAAACCCGCAGGCCUCCUUCAGCUUCACCAGCCAGGACCAGCCCAACAUCUCCCUCCAGGUGGGAUCACAUCACAUCUGGAUCACAUCUGCCAUCAAACCUGUGGGGAAAAGAAUGAGGGACUCACAGAGCGAUGACAGAUGCCCGGACUGCAUUUCCCCAGACAGAAAGAGGAUUAAGAUGGACAUGGAUCUCAUCCAGAGACACACAGAUUUGCCUCAGAAGUCCAAAGAGGCUCCAUCUGAGGCUACAUCCAGGGAGGUCAAAGCUAAGCCUCAGAGAAAAAGGAAGUGGGACACUUUUAUGGCUUCACACAGCAACGACAGAAGUCCAGACAGUGUCUCACCAGGGAGGAAGAGGAGGAAGAUUAACCCUGAUGAUGUCCAGACACAAACAGAGUUGCUUCAAAACUCCAAAGAGGCCCCAUCUGAGGCUACGUCCAGCGAGGCCAAAGCUAAGCCUCAGAGGAAAAGGACGUGGGACACCUUUAUGGCCUCACACGGCGGCAACAGCAGAAGUCCACACAGCACCUCCCCAGAGAGAAAGAGGAGGAAGAUACGCCGGCUUCAGGACUCCAGAGAGGCUCCACCUGAAGCUCCGUCGAGUGAGGCCAUAACGGAACCUCAGAGGAAAUGGUCCUGGGCCUCUUUUAUAGCCUCAUGCGGCGGCCAAUGGAAGUCCAAAUACCACCUCACCAGAGAGGAAGAUGAACACGGAUGAGUUGGAGCGACGUACAGAUAAGACUCACUUUUGACUUCUUUAUAACAGGGCUCAAGUCAGCCAUUCAGCUAGAUGUCCUGUAUCAAAAUGACACAUUUGUGGGUACUUUGGGGAAACUUUGUAAAUUAUGGUGAGAUGUAGAACAAAUGUUAACGAGCAUAUAUGGAGGUAUGCUCUAAUAUGUCAACAUACUCACUUGGGAUCAAUUUACUUGAAAUCAUUUUGCCAGAAAAUGUCUAGAUAUGAUCUAGAGGUUUAGUUUAGUUUAGUUUAUUAGGAUCCCCAUUAGCCAUUACACUAGGCAACAGCUACUCUUCCUGGGGUCCACAUUAACACAAAAUACAAUACAAAUCAAGAUAAAAUGAAAAGAAAAAAAACAAUGGACAAAUUCUCAAAGUCAUAAAGAAAGAAACACAAAACUUAGAUGAAAUGAGGAAGAUUAAGAUGCUCUGCAAGUCUGACUCUCUACCUGUCAGCACAGGAGUCCACGAGAGGCUGAAUGCUCCUGAACUCUGAGGAGGCUCCAGCGAUGAGGACCCAGACCCAAGUCUCCGAGGGAAUAAACGGUGUCUGAUGAGGAUUCAGAGACUGACAACAAGCAGGUGUAGUAUCACUUCCCUGUGGGUGUCACUUUUAAAAUUAACAAAUGGUAUCAUUGUUUUUUUAGGCCAUGGAUGUAACUUCGGCCAGAAGGACCCAGAGCUGAAGAACGGUGCCAGAGUGAAGUAGUUUGAGGACUACAGAUGAGGGCAAGGAUAUGGGUUUGGUUGUAAAUAAAUAAUUGUGUAUGUGUACUUGCUUUCUAUCACUCUUUUUUCUUUCAUGGGCACAUGUGCGCACGCACAUACACACAUAAAGAGCCUGACUUUGCAAAAUGUUUCCUUUACUGAAUAUGCAUUUGUUGACUUGCCUGAAACUAGACUGUAUCAUGAUUUUUUCUCUUACUUUUACAUUUUAUUUUAUUGAUAGACUACUUAACUAAAUGUUCUAAUAAAAUAAGUGUAUAGAAACCUGUAGGUAACGUGCUGCUCUAUAACUAGCUGCUGUAAGGUUUUCAAACCUCACCUGAGAUUCUGUCCUUCAUUCACUUUGUGUAUUUGGACGAGACAACUCAAAAUAAACUGAUUUAUUCUAUGUAA